AAAAAAAAGGAAAAAAAAAUAAGCACUCAAUCUCUUUCUCUCUGGUAAAACCCUAUUCAUUUUCCCUCACAAACAAAUUUAAUCCAAAAAGCACAAGUUCCUUUCUUCCUGGAAAAAGUGAUUUCCUUCAUCACAGAAUCAAUGGUUCCUUGCGUGUGAGUGAUCCUACCUUUCAUAACACCGACCACGUUCCUUCUACUUGUGAGGCUCAAUGGCUACUGUGGAAGCUGCUCGGCAACUUCUAUAUGGGGGAAUUGGUCGCCUCGGCUGUUUUGAUCCAUUUCUAAGCAAUGUGAAUGGGGUGAUCUCUGUUAAGUCUGGUUUAAAUGUUGCACGGAAGAGGAGUUCAGUCCGUGCUCAGGUAGGUAAAUGUUCGAGAGUUCAACAGGAUCGCAGGGGGGUUGGUCCCUUUCAGGGUACAAGUGGUGCUUCUCAUAGAUUGGAAUCUAUGAGGUACAAUUGCCAGCGGGUAGAAAGUUUGAGCGGAGGAACUGCAGAAGAUCAGCGUAGGAUUUUGUUUGUGGAUGAAUCAGAUAAAGUGAAAUCAGUUCCUCAUAAUGGUAUGCCCAUUUCAGAUGUUAAUGAAUUCAAAGUGGAUCAACCACUGGACCAUGGAAAUGGGGGUUUUGGGUCGAAUGGUAAGCCGGCUGCGGCUGCAAUAAAUGAAGAUUCUUCAAAGAAGAUUGAGGAUGAAGGUUGGGCUUUGCUUAGAAACUCCAUGGUGUAUUAUUGUAAUAAUCCCAUUGGAACCAUUGCUGCUAAUGACCCAAGCUCCCCCGGUACUCUGAACUAUGAUCAGGUCUUUAUUCGUGAUUUUGUUCCUUCUGGGAUAGCCUUCCUUUUAAAGGGGGAGUAUGAUAUCGUGCGGAACUUCAUUCUUCAUACCCUUCAGUUGCAGAGCUGGGAGAAAACCAUGGAUUGUUAUAGUCCUGGUCAAGGACUGAUGCCUGCCAGUUUUAAGGUUCGCACUGUUCCGCUCGAAGGUGAUGACUAUGCAACUGAAGAUGUGUUAGAUCCUGACUUUGGUGAAGCUGCUAUAGGUCGUGUUGCCCCAGUUGACUCUGGGUUAUGGUGGAUUAUCUUGUUACGAGCUUAUGGAAAAUGUUCUGGAGAUCUUUCAGUGCAAGAGAGAGUUGAUGUACAAACCGGGAUAAAAAUGAUUUUAAAGCUGUGUCUUGCGGAUGGUUUUGAUAUGUUUCCAACACUACUGGUCACAGAUGGUUCUUGCAUGAUAGAUCGACGGAUGGGAAUUCAUGGUCAUCCUUUGGAGAUUCAGGCACUGUUCUAUUCUGCAUUACUUGGAGCACGUGAAAUGCUCGCUCCAGAGGAUGCAUCAGCUGACCUCAUGCAAGCGCUUAAAAAUCGUCUGGUUGCUUUAUCCUUUCAUAUCAGAGAAUAUUACUGGAUUGACAUGAGAAAGCUCAAUGAAAUUUACCGAUACAAGACAGAGGAAUACUCAUAUGAUGCUGUUAAUAAGUUCAAUAUCUACCCCGAUCAGAUUCCAUCGUGGCUUGUGGAUUUUAUGCCCAGUAAAGGAGGCUAUUUGAUUGGUAACCUGCAGCCCGCUCACAUGGACUUUCGUUUCUUUUCUCUUGGAAACUUGUGGUCUAUUGUAAGUAGUCUUGCAACAUUGGAGCAGUCUCAUGCUAUAUUGGAUCUUGUUGAUGCAAAAUGGGAGGAAUUGGUGGCAGACAUGCCCUUUAAAAUAUGUUAUCCUGCUCUAGAAGGCCGGGAAUGGCAAAUCAUCACAGGCAGUGAUCCCAAAAACACUCCCUGGUCUUACCAUAAUGGAGGUUCUUGGCCAACAUUACUUUGGCAGCUCACCGUGGCUUGUAUAAAGCUUAACAGACCAGAAAUUGCAUCUAAAGCUAUCAAGCUAGCUGAGAAACGCAUAUCUCAAGAUAAGUGGCCGGAAUAUUAUGACACCAAGCGAGCAAGAUUUAUUGGAAAACAAGCACAGCUGUAUCAAACUUGGUCGGUUGCCGGGUACCUUGUAGCAAAGCUCCUCCUCGAUAACCCAAGUGCAGCAAAGAACAUUGUGAAUGAAGAAGAUUCAGAGCUUGUAAAUGCAUUUUCUUGCAUGAUAAGUUCUAACCCGAGAAGGAAACGUAGUUGGAAGAAACAGAUACUAGUAUGAAGGUAAAGAAAGAAAUACUCGAACACUAAUUAAUUGACUACGGAGCCAUUGAGAAUUGAAGCAUGGGACAAUUAUAAAGUAGUUCAACUGCAACAGGUAAAGUAGAAGCUCUCAGUGGCUGCAUGAGGGAAAAUGGACCCUUUGUGAAGUGGAUUGUAUAUAUUGCGCUUGCGCUUUUUUGUUGUUGUUGUCAUAAUGCAGUACAGAGAAUCAGUGUUCCGACAAUUCUAUAAGUGACCGAGGCGGCUAUAUUUAAAAUACCUGAACUAGGACUUCUGUAAUUAUUUGAUUUAUAUUUGGGUCCCAUUUUAUAAUUUUUUUUUUCUCUUCUUAUUUUUAUGACGAAAAGCCUUGAUUUUAUAAGAUAUAAUUGUAUUCUGAUUUCACGC